AUGUGCGCCGGCGGCCGAGCUUGCGAGGCUGGCGCCUUUGUGUGGCCGAGCUUGCGAGGCCGCCCCAGGUCGGGACUGUCUUUCGGCCGAGUUUACGAGGUCGAUGCGCGGGGAGAUGAGACCAUUUCAGCUGGCUCGAUUUUCGUGCACGAGCGCAAGUGGGCCGUGUUCAAUUUCGGAGUGGGCCACACUGACUCCCCGCGCGCGAGCCUCGCGAGGUAUGGCAAUAGCACGGCAUCGUAUCGUGGAAUGGCCACUGCACCCGGUGCAAGGUCCUGUUUGGACAUGAAUCCUCGCGCGCACGCAAAAUGCACACGGGUGUUCUGCGGUGCAUACAGAUAUGUCGCCACACGCGUGCGGUGCUUGCGGCGGUGUGCUCGGACUCGCUCUGCACGUCGCGCGGUGGUGCACGAGGGCGCUAAGCACUGUCGCCCGCUCGCGCUCCUGCGCGAAACUGGCUUAUCGAUAUUGGUCCUGGACCAGCUAUACGAGGCCGACCCCCCGACGCUUCCGGUCCCUUCUCGCACGGGGGCGCGCACCAGCCGGCGCUACAGUGCACUCCUCGCCUUCAGCUCACCACACGGCGCGUGGGCAUGCAUUAGAGUGUAA